AUGUUGAUUGGAAGCAUUGUGGGGGCUAUCUCUGGGCUGAGGCAUGGAGGGAAGAAGAUCCAUGGAACUGUGGUUUUGAUGCGAAGCAAUGUUUUGGAUUUCAAUGAUUUUGGUUCAUCUCUUCUCGAUAAUCUUCACGAGAUUUUAGGGGGCGGUGUUUCUCUUCGUCUCGUUAGUGCUGAUCAUGGCGAUCCUUCUAAACAUUUUCAAGGGAAAGUUGGAGAGGAAGCUUACUUGGAGAAUUGGAUUGCCAAUACAAUAAUCCCAAUAUUUGCAGGAGAAACAGCCUUCAGUGUUACAUUUGAUUGGGAUGAAGAACUUGGAGUUCCAGGAGCUUUCUUUAUCAGAAAUGAACAUUUUAGUGAAUUCUUUCUCAAAUCCGUCACGCUCGAGGACGUUCCCGGCCAUGGACGACUCCAUUUCGACUGCAAUUCUUGGGUUUAUCCCGCUAAAAAUUAUAAAACCGAUCGUAUUUUUUUCGCCAACCAGGCGUACCUUCCUAAUGAAACACCGGAGCCACUUCGUAAAUAUAGGGCAGAUGAAUUAUCGAACCUUAGAGGAAAUGGAAAAGGAGAGCGGAAGGAAUGGGAUAGAAUCUACGACUAUGAUGUCUACAAUGAUAUUGGUGACCCAGAUAGCAAUUUGGACCUGGGUCGUCCGGUUCUCGGAGGGUCAACUAAAUAUCCGUACCCUCGUAGAGGGAGAACGGGUAGACCACCUUCGAAGAAAGAUCCCAAAAGUGAAAGUAGAUUACCGGACUCGAGUAAACCUACGGAUGUAUAUGUUCCGAGAGAUGAAAGAUUUGGUCAUUUGAAGAUGUCGGAUUUUCUUGCUUAUGGCUUAAAAUCUAUUUCUCGAUCGAUAAAACCUAAACUGGAGGAUCUAUUUGACACGACGCCCGGGGAAUUUGACGACUUUAAUGAUGUGUUUGCCCUGUUUGAAAAGGGGUUGCCAGUCCCAAGAUCUUUGCUUGAGGGCAUCACUGAGAACAUUCCAGCUCCAUUGCUAAAAGAAAUCUUUAGAACUGAUGGUGAACGGUUUCUUAGGUUCCCAACUCCUCAGCUAAUUCAUGGUCAUGACACAAGGUUAGAAUUCUAG